UGAUUAUGAGGAUGAGGAUGACAGAAGAAUGAAGAUAAGCCAUCCGAGUCACCCCAAACAUGAACUGAAGUUGUUGAGAAGGGAUUGUUCCUUCAAGUGCAAUGCUUGCGGAACCACAAGCAAAGAGAGUUCCUACACAUGCACCGCAGAUGCUUGUCAAUACUGGAUCCAUGAGAGAUGUGCUUCCUUGCCUCAAAACCAUCGAAAGGGAAGACCACGAUCACAAUCUCUCCCUCUCUUUUUGUGUCCCUCUCGAGUAUAUCAGAUUUAACUAUAAGUGUGAUGUAUGUAGCAAAUAUUUUAUGCCCACGUACUGGAUAUAUCAUUGCGAGCUUUGCAGAUAUGUUGUCCAUCUCAAGUGUGCCUUCAAGAAAUUGCCCCACUACACUAGAGGAAAGAAUGGUUGGAUUUUGGAGUUUCCAAUUGCAAUAAACGAUGUGAGUGAGGAUCUAAUUGGAGCUUUUGUAAGGAGACAAGGAGUUGAAGCAUAUACACAACCACCCAUCCCUAAUCAAGAUGAUGUUGAUUAUGAGUUCCACCAUCACAAACUCAGAUUAGUCUCCUCCUCAUCAUCAUCAUCAUUUCAAGAAGAAAAAGAAGAAAAUGGUGAUGACGAUGAUGAUGAGGAAGACUACUCUAGUAGAAAAUAG